UGAUCCUUAAGAAGGCAGUUUAAAGCUUUUGUUGCUUGUAAGAUCUUUUACUUCUACAGGACCUAAUAAUGAUCUGCUCUAAUCAAAGAUUUUCACAAUGGAUCGUUUUUUGUUUUCUGUUCACACAAGUUGUUGGAGAAAACAGUAAAGAAAGUGUGAUUCGGUGUCGGGUGAAACCUGUGUUCCUUCAACUAGCGAAUGGGAAUUGUACUAAUUUGUUGUGGAAGAAGGACAGCCAAAACUUGGCGAAGUUUAAAAAUGGAAGGUUUAUGCCUUAUUUUGGUUUUGAAAACAGAGCAGAGGUGUUUCCCAAUGGGACCCUCAAGCUGGCCAUGAUUAAUAACAAUGACAUUGGACAUUACCUGCUGGAGGUGUUUAAUAAGGAAGGGAUAAAUAUACUCAGGGAAAGCAUCCAUCUGCACACACAAGUCUCCCAGCCUGAGAAAAACUCUACCUGUGUGAUGCCUGGAGAAGCAGCACUGGUCUGCGCAGUAGAGGAGGGGGACAGUGUAUAUUUCCAUUGGAAUGAAGUGCCAAGUAAAAACACAAACCAUCAGGAAACUGUUCUUAUAGAUCUUAUCUGCACUGUUGCUGUUGAGAAAAGGAGCCGCUCAGCAGGUCGAGUAGCAACAGUGGUAUGUCUUGCUGGAACUUUCGUGAUAAUCAUUUUCAUACUUAUAUUAAAAGAACUAAAAACCAUAAACCAAAAUAAAGGGCAAUAUGUGGUAUGGAAUAAUACCAGAAGGGAAGAAAUGAAGAGCCACACCGAGGAGCAGAGUCCCCCGUCCACCAAGGCCACAGAACUGGAAGGCAAGUAGCUCCAAGUCAGGAAGAGAGUUGUUUAUUUCACAAGCCAGAGGAGGAUCUGUAUUAAAAGAGCCUGUGUGCUUCAUCAAACUUUCUACAGAUAAGCUUCCACAGUGAAAACAAACAAACCAGACUGAUCUUAAUAAAAGGUACAAAGUGCAAAAUGGCACCUGGGAGUCAAGAGGUGAAGCUACAAAGGUUGCAUUAGGUUUUUAAAUUAGUUUGUAUAUGCAAUCUUUUAAAGUAUUAAUUGUCAUUACCCAGU